AAGACGAAAGGCCGCGGCCGGCGCCGCUAGGCCACAGGCAGGAGGCGCGCCGCGCACGGAGCGGUGCCGCCCUUCGCCCGUCGGGGCCCGCCGUUGCGCCGCCUCCCGUCGCUUUGCCGGGGCAGUGGCGAGUGUUCCAGGUGGAAGUCGGUGCGCAGUCGGGAUGCUUCUGUGACCCGGGGCCUCUCUGCAAGUGUAGACCACAACUACAGGAGAACUACAGCCGUUCCUCCGCUGGUUCCACAAAAAUAACCGGCAAGUGCCACGGCCAGGCAGACCGCACCUGUCCCGGGCGGGGAAGCCCGUCCCAGACACGAAGACAAACCAGAUAAGACGGAGUGAAACCCGAGCCAAACACAGCUACACUACACCUAAAACAAAAAGGGGGCGCGGUCUAGACGGCUCCGCGGGUAGAGGGCUUGCUGCCUGACCCGCGCAGUCUCGAACACGGGGGUGUGGGGGGGGGUGGGACUCACUCCUGAAAGUUGUUUCAUCUUCACGCAAGCUGUGGCUUGCCUGUACCGAGGCUCUCAGGUUCUUGCACAGAUAUGUACACACACACACACACACACACACACACACUAAGUGAUAAGAGUGAAGAAGAGGAAGAAGGAGGAGGAGGAGGAGAAGAAAACAGCAGCAACAACAAAAAAAGAAAGAAGCCGGGUGGUGGUGACUUUUAAUCCCGGCGCUGAGAAGGUGGAUCUCUGAGUUUGAGGCCAGCCUGAUCUUCAGGCUCACAGGGCUACACAGAGAAACCGUAUCUCAAAACAAAAUAAAACGAAAAUCCAAACAAACAGAAGAAAAAAAGAAGGAAAGAAAGAAAAGAGAAUCUGGAGAUUCUUAGCAAUAGAUUAUUACAUCUGAACACCAGUUAAAUCUCUCUCUUCACACACACAGACAGACACACACACACACACACACACACACUGAUGGUGGUAAGAUGCUGUGUGUGGUGCUCAACUCUUGCCUAGCAUGCACAAGGGCAAAUUCAAACCCCAGGGGGGAAAAUCUAGAGAAAGAGAGAGAGAGAGAGAGAGAGAGAGAGGAAGGAAGGAAGGAAGGAAGGAAGGAAGGAAGGGAAAGAAAAGAAAGGAAGGAAGGAAGAAAAGUAAAGAAAGAAACUUGUCUUCUACUGGUUUCUGCUUCAAAAAAGAAAAAAAUCAGUUAAGAAGAAGGAGAAGCAGCAGCCGGCGGUGGCCCACGCCCAGCACUCAGGAGGCGGAGCCAGUCGGGUGUCUGUGGAUUCAAGGCCAGCCCUGACUACAUAGUGAGGUCCAGGAGAGAUACUGUCUCCAGGAGGAGGGAAUGGGGGAGAAAAGAAAGAGAAAACUGUGUGAACUCAUAUUCUGCCUUCAAGACUUCGUCACUCUGACCUUGUGACACUGGUACUUAGGCUGUGAGUGGAUGGAGCGCACGCUUCCCCGCUUGGGGCCCUAAAUAAACACGUAAAUAAAAGUGUUACGGUAAUCUUGUACAUUUUGUGGUAUUUUGAUUUGCAGCAUUUCGUAUGCUUGUUCUAUCUUCACUGAAAUAAAAGGGCUGAGGCUGGGACCGAGGCGGGAGGGUGUUUACCCCUUCAUUCCCAGGGCCCCUCAACUGGGUGUGCGCCUGGAACGCCAGCACUUGAAGCUGGGAGGCAGGAGGACAAGGGCCUCCCAGGCCAGCUGGACAGCGGGCAGCCUUGCCCCAGCCCCCAGAGCAGCAGUAGUAACUGUCAUACGGCUUAUGUGUGUCAGGCCCUAUUGAACAUGCUCUUCAGCAGAGUCCACCCGUCUGACGGCCCCUCCACGGGGGUCACAUACCAAACACCCCGCCUCAGCUGUUCACAUCACUGUUCAGAACAGUAGCACAAUGACAGGCAGGAAAUAGCAGUGAAACCAUCUUGUGACUGGGGUCACCACAGCAUGAGGAACUGUAUCAAAGGGUUCGGAGGGUGCGAACCACAGCCUUACACGAAUAUCACCACCUUAAAGCUAACCUAGUGACACAAGAGUGUGGUGACCACAGGAUUAACUCGGCCACAUAGAGCGGCCCUGUUGCCAUAGGAGCUGGAGAGAUGGCCCAGCCGUCGAGAGCACUUGCUAUUCCCCGGAGGACCCAGGUUCAGCUCCCAGAAGUCACAUGACCCCUCCCCAGAGCCUGUAAAAUCCAAAGGAGGCAAAUCCACAGAAAAGCAGAUGAGUGGGUCCCGGGGGGCUGGGAGGGGGCAGGGCAGGGGCGCAGUUUCCGCUAUGGAUGUAAAAUUUUCUUUCAGAUCAUUGACAAUGUUCUUGAACUAGAUAUUUGUGCAACAUUGUACAUGUACAAAAUUCCACUGAAACACACACUUUAGCAUGCUUAAAGUGGUGGCUCACGCCUUUAAACCCAGCUCUGGGGAGGCAGAGGCAGGGGGAUCUCUGAAGUUCUAGGCCAGCCUGAUCUGCAUACUGAGUUCCAGUCCAGCUACCUAGUAAGAGUGUCUCUCAAAAAAUAAAGUUACUGAGUGGAUGUCGGGGCUUCGGCUCAGUGCUGAGAGCUUGCUAGCACACACCAGGCCUGAGCUUAGUCCCCAGCAUCGAAAACAGGGAGGUGAAGAAUGCAACAGAGUGGUCAAACUGGUGAGUUUUCUGUUCUGAGAAUUUAUAUUUGCUGGGGCUGCUAUAACAAAAUACCGUAACAUGUGUGUUUAUACUGGAUUAAAAUCCCUUUACAGCUGACACACAAAGUUCACCGCUCACAAUGCCGGAGGCUGGUAGUCUGGGGUCAACACCUGUUUCCUCCACCAAGAGCACCGUCUGUCUGUCUCCCUGAUGCACUAGGUGUGCGCUGGCACCCACCCCACCCUGUGGUGACCAUGGAUCCUGUCGCCGCAUCUGAUUCGUCUCUCACUGUCAAUGAACAGGUCAUCGUGAUGUCGGGCCAUGAGACCAUCCGAGUGUUGGAAGUCGGAGUGGAUGCCCAGCUCCCGGCCGAGGAGGAGAGCAAAGGACCGGAGAGUGUGGCUGCCGAUGGCCCCCAGGGUGGAGGUCCUGCUGAGGCCAGUGAGCCGGCCGGUGAAGCUGGCUCCCAUGACCCAGACCACUCUGCAGAAGCAACAGUGAAGUCCCUGCCGGGGAUCCCUCUGAGUCCUGCCCCAGCCAUCGCCACCUUCAGCCAAGCCCCAAGCCAGCCUCAGGCAUCACAGACCCUGGCACCGCUGGCUGUGCAAGCUGCCCCCCAGGUCUUGGCUCAGGAAAGCUUAGCCACAGUUCUGACAGGCGUUAUGCUUCCAGCAGGGGCUGUUACUCAACCUCUUAUUAUCCCCAUCGGUAUUGCAGGUCAAGUGGCUGGGCAGCAGGGGCUGGCCGUGUGGACAAUCCCCGCAGCAACGGUGGCUGCCCUCCCCGGACUGACCGCCGCCUCUCCUCCAGGGGGAACUUUCAAGCCACCUUUAGCUGGUCUCCAAGCAGCUGCCGUGUUGAACGCUGCCCUCCCGACGCCGGCGCCUGUCCAAGCUGCCCCACCAGCCCAGGCCUCCUCGCCCGCCCAGCCCCGGCCGCCAGCUCAGCCCCAGACGAUGCUCCAGACCCAGCCGCUGCUCCAGACCACGCCUGCCAUACUCCCACAGCCCGCCGCUGCCCCCGUCGCCGCCCCCGCCCCCAAGCCAGCGGACACCACCCCGCAGAUCACCGUCCAGCCUGCAGGCUUCGCGUUUAGCCCGGGGAUUAUCAGUGCCGCCUCCCUCGGGGGACAGACGCAGAUCCUGGGCUCCCUCACUGCAGCUCCAGUCAUUGCCAACGCCAUUCCCAGCGUGGCAGGGGUCAGCAGUCAGAUCCUUACCAAUGCUCAGGGACAGGUUAUUGGAGCAUUUCCGUGGGUAGUGAACUCUAGUGUGGCUACAGCGGCGCCGGCCCAGAGCCUGCAGGUCCAAGCCGUGACUCCCCAGCUCUUGCUGAAUGCCCAGGGCCAGGUGAUCGCAACCCUAGCCAGCAGCCCCCUGCCUCAACCCAUGGCUGUCCGGAAGCCAAACACCCCGGAGUCCCCUGCUAAGAGUGAGGUGCAGCCUAUCCAGCCCACCCCAGCUGUGCCCCCGCCCACCGUGCUCCUCACCAGCCCAGCCCCGGCACUCAAGCCGGCCGCCUCCGCCCCCAUCCCGAUCACCUGCUCAGAGACCCCUACAGUCAGUCAGCUGGUGUCAAAGCCGCACACUUCAGGCCUGGAUGAGGAUGGGAUCAACUUAGAGGAGAUCCGGGAAUUUGCCAAGAACUUUAAGAUCCGGCGCCUCUCCCUGGGCCUGACACAGACCCAGGUGGGCCAGGCUUUGACUGCGACAGAAGGCCCAGCCUACAGCCAGUCAGCCAUCUGCCGGUUUGAGAAGCUGGACAUCACACCCAAGAGCGCCCAGAAGCUGAAGCCAGUCCUGGAGAAGUGGCUGAACGAGGCGGAGCUCCGGAACCAGGAAGGCCAGCAGAAUCUGAUGGAGUUCGUGGGUGGCGAGCCCUCCAAGAAACGCAAGCGGCGCACAUCCUUCACGCCGCAGGCCAUCGAGGCGCUGAACGCCUACUUUGAGAAGAACCCCCUGCCCACUGGCCAGGAGAUCACGGAGAUCGCUAAGGAGCUCAACUACGACCGCGAGGUGGUGCGGGUCUGGUUCUGUAACCGACGCCAGACGCUCAAGAACACCAGCAAGCUGAACGUCUUCCAGAUCCCGUAGGGCGAGGCCUCGGCCCUGGGUUCCAGCACUUUCCUCCUUCAGCGACCUACCGGCUGCGGCUGUGCGCCUGCUGCCCUAGGUCGGAAGACUCCACCUAUGCAUGUGUGUGAUGCCUGCCUCUUCUGCCCGCGUAUGCCACGCCCCGGGGGGCUGCACGAGGGCCAUAGGCUCUGGGCUGGGCGCAUGGGAGGAAGGGGCUUGUGGCGUCCUUUUUAGCAAAGGUGUCUGGAGGGAACCGGAAAGGCUCUGUCUUUGGGGCGGGGCUGUGGCAACUCUCACUGUGUAUUAGCCCUUGUUUCCGGUGGCACCCUUGCCCUUCGCCCCUCCGUGGUUGCGCCAGUGUGACAACUCACCCGGUGGGGCCACAGCCUGGAACUGCCCUCCUUUACUUUGUACCCGGGCGCCCCGAAACCCUUCGAGGACCGAGGAGGCGGAAUUCAGGAGCGUGUGGUGUGCUAUCGGAGUUGAUCUCGAGGGCAGAGGGCUCCCACAGCAGUGGGCCACACGCCUGAGGUCGGGCGCCUGGGAUUGCACUAAGUCAGAACCUUUCCUUCCGCAAACCGAGCUGCAAGGCAGCGAGAGCAGAUUCGCCCAUCCUGGGGAGCCUCAGGCCUGUGGCAGGCCUGGGAUUUGGUAAAUAGGGCCGCCCGCCCAGAUUUUAGUCUAACCUUCCUCCGUGGCUCUCUCCCAGCACUAGAGUAUGCUAAAGAAAGCUUUCAGCUUGGGAAAAUUUCCACUGCCCGCGUACGCAGGCUGCAGAGUGCACAACCACAGACUUUCUCCCCCUCCUGUGCCCAGACCCAUCUCAGCCCAAUACCGAGGUGUCUUCAAAGGAGCAAACCGAACAAUAAGCCAGACAGCAAGGAGCUGCCGGAGGGGAGGUGGGGGAGGCAACUUCCAGAAAGAUGGCGGGCCAGGAAGGUCUCUUGUGGAGGCUGAUGUACCUCUGGGUUUCUUUGUAACUCUACGUCUUGGAUGUCGGUGUCUGUGUGUGAGCAACCCCAGGCCCCGCUCCACCCCCAUCCCUCUGCAAUGCUCCUCUGAGCCGAGCGUGGCCCAGGUCAGGGCUUUCCUUCUGUAGGUGAUGGCAUGCUGGGGGCUGGCAGCACAUCCAAGCCACUAAGUGAGCUUCUGGCUACAGCGAGGUUGGCUUGGCAGAUGAGCGCAGCCCAGCUGGUGCAAGGCUCAGGAUUCAGCUUGUAGUACUGAGGGGAAACAGUAUUUGGUUCCAGGAAGUCAGGAGAGAGCUAAGGUGCCGACUUGGCUAAGCCCAGACUUGCCUCAAAGACUGUCCCUAACAGGCUACAGGCUGUGGGGUCAACCAUUUUUCUACUUAGGCUGGUUUGCUGCUUUCUGAGAUAGGAUCUCUCUUGGCCCAGCCUGACCUCACACUUGUAGCUGAAAACAACCCCUUCCUGACUCUCCUGUCUCCACCUCCCAUGCUGGGGUUAGAGUCAUCUGCCGCCAUGCCCGCCUCUUCUCCAUCCUCGGCCUUGCACGGCCUGCUGGCUGCUUGAUGUCCACCCUGUACCCUGCACGCUCCUCCCAGAGAUGAGAGCCAAACAGGGACUGUCUCUGCUGAUCACAGUGCAGAGACCCUGGGCCCCAGCUUCUCAUGUACUCAGCCCCCUGCCCUGGUGCCUGUGAGUCCCUCUGUGUCCUGCUGAGCCAGUGUGGAGGACUUCCUGGUAGCUCUGACAGUGAGAGGAGGACAGUUGUGUACUGAACACACACACACACACACACUUCACUGCAUUCCAACCAGCCAGACCUGCUGGAGUCUGUCAGGAAGAAAGAGGCAGAAGCUGCUGGUUCUAGAUCCUGUGAGCAUCAGCCUGCUUCCACAAGACAGGAAGUCGGAGGGGACUGCGAGUGGGCUCUCAGUAGGGAUGCCUGUGGUCCCGAAGCUUAGCGAGGGGACACACUUGAGAAAGUCCUACGCAGCUCUCCCCGCUCAGGACCUGCACUCAGAAGUGCUGUUUUCUCUGGGGUGGCAGAGUGCGGCCAUUCUGUGGACACCCAAGAGGGUGCCAUCUGUUCUGCGGCAUGACGGGAAAAAGAAUCGUGAACCACUGAUCUAAAUUAAGCCUCACCAUGCUUUCUCACCCCAUCCUUUGUCUAAAUCUGUCUUCCUGAGGCUGGGCUGGAAUAAACCAUUUUCUCCUGUGUUGGAAAGGCACAUCGGUCAUUCAGAAGAACAGUACCGGGUUUUCCAGGCUGGCUCCUCAAGUAGGGGGAGCGAGGUAUGCAUAGAGUGCCCGAAGUGGGGUUCACUUGGCUUCUGAACUCUGCCCCUGCUCCCCCAUCUGAGCCACCACUCUGCAAGGCAGUUUUUGUUAUGUUGGGUUUGGGUAGCAGUGGACAGUAGUUUGAUUUUGAAAGCACCUUCUUGGACUGAAGCCUGCGCACAAUGCCUCUUUUGCCCUGGAAAGACAGGAGAAUGGGCAGAAACCGCUCGACUGUAUGCUUGGUUUGCCUUAAGAGAUGGGAAACCAAGCCUUUCUGUGGACUGCUGAAUCAGCGGGGCUCUCUGACCCUGCACUAACUAUGGCAAAAUCCAGAGGAGAAACUGGCCACAUGAGCCGCGAACUCACUUGUGUCUGGAGUGAGAACACCUAAUGUGUUUGUAUUCUUGAAAAUCGCUCACCUUGGUAAGCCCGGGUUGCUUUCCUGCCCCACAGCCAGCUCCCGAAGCCCUGCCGGUCUCCGAGCGUGGGGUCGCUGCCCCGGAAAGCUGUGGAGAGCAGGGAGAAGCACUUGAUGUAGCUGCGUGAAUAAACAGUAUUUUUUUUCUUUUGUA